AGAUACCCAACCAAGCUCAAUAGAAACCUACCUUCUUUCUUCCAAGUAGGUUGAUACUUGAUACCUAAACCUAGCUCCCCACCGGAUUCUUCCACUGAACCCGAAAGCCAAAAAAAAGCAGGGGAGGGAAAUGAAAGAGGCCAGAAGCUGCUAUAAUUUCCCAUCGCAGCAAGUGAAGAAACUUACAAAAAAGGGCAAGCCGCUCUCUCUCCCUCUCCCUCUCCCUCUAUAACUAACUGUAAAUGCCGGUAGUGGCAGUGGUAGUGGAGAUGGUGGGAUCCCCAUUUCCGGCCAAAAAGGGAUGGCGAAGAUUUAAUGGCACUCGCCGUUGACGAAUUCUCCUCCCCCCUCCGGCCCCUCUUUUUUGCUUUUGCCCCUUUCACUUCCCUUCCCUAUCUCUCUGCCGCCUACCUCCUCAAAGUCCCCACGUGCCUUCCCUUUCUUCCCUAUAUAAUCCCUUUCUCUCCCUCCCCAUUUCCACUCAUCAUCGUAUCUCCCUUCUUCAAUUCCCCUCACUCUGUUUUUUUUCCAUUGCUCUGUUUUCUCUGCAAAACAACAAAGAUGGUCGAGAGCGACAGCGGCAACGGGAAUGGGGAAGUUCCUUACCACCGUCACAGUCACCAUGCCCUCGACGUCUCCAUGGACACUCCUUCCAUCAUGGCCUCCAAGUGCUUCGAUGACGACGGCCGCCCUAAACGAACUGGAAGCAUUUGGACUGCAAGUGCUCACAUCAUAACGGCGGUCAUCGGUUCCGGUGUCCUCUCGCUGGCUUGGUCAACCGCUCAGCUUGGUUGGAUCGCCGGUCCGACCGUUCUCUUCCUCUUCUCCUUCGUCACUUACUACACCUCCACCCUCCUCGCCUCCUGCUACCGCGCCGGCGACCCUGACACCGGCAAGCGGAACUACACUUACAUGGCGGCCGUCAAAUCCACCCUCGGUAUGUCUUCUACUUACUUCAUCCACCCUCCUUCUGUAAUCUAUUUCCGUGUACAAGUUUCGAACUCAUCGGCUGACACGAAAUUUGGAUGGUCAGGCGGUUACCAUGUUAAGAUCUGCGGGUGUGUUCAGUACGUUAAUCUCUUCGGUGUUACCAUCGGCUACACAAUCGCUUCUUCCAUUAGCAUGAUGGCAGUGAAGAGGUCGAAUUGUUUCCACAGAAGCGGAGGAACUGAUCCCUGCCAUAUGAACGCCAACCCGUACAUGAUUGCGUUCGGAGUAAUCGAAAUCCUCUUCUCCCAAAUCCCGGAUUUCGACCAGCUCUGGUGGCUCUCCUUCGUCGCCGCCGUCAUGUCGUUCACUUAUUCCACAAUCGGACUCGGCCUCGGCGUCGGCAAAGUCAUCGAGAACCAAGCUAUUAAGGGAAGCCUCACCGGAAUCGGAAUCGACGUCGUUUCCCCCACCGAUAAAGUCUGGCGUAGCUUCCAGGCCCUCGGCGGCAUCGCCUUUGCUUACUCCUUCUCCAACAUCCUCAUCGAAAUUCAGGACACGAUCAAAUCCCCGCCGUCAGAAUCAAAGACGAUGAAGAAAGCAUCUCUGAUCAGCAUCUCAGUGACCACCGUCUUCUACAUGCUCUGCGGCUGCUUCGGCUACGCCGCCUUCGGCGACCAAGCCCCCGGAAACCUCCUCACCGGAUUCGGAUUCUACAACCCUUACUGGCUCCUCGACAUCGCGAACGUCGCCAUCGUCGUCCACCUCGUCGGAGCUUACCAAGUCUUCUGCCAACCCAUCUACGCAUUCGUCGAGAAGCUGGCCGCCAACAAUUUCCCCGACAGCAACUUCAUCACCAAGGAGUUCAGAAUCCCACUCCCCUGGGGCCAUUACAACUUCAACUUGUUCAGAUUGGUGUGGAGGACCAUCUUCGUCAUUACCACAACUGUGAUCUCCAUGCUGCUCCCGUUCUUCAACGACGUCGUGGGUCUUUUGGGGUCGGUGGGGUUCUGGCCGAUGACCGUUUACUUCCCGGUGAAGAUGUACAUUGCACAGAUGAAGAUCCCCAAGUGGAGCACAAGAUGGGUGAGCCUUCAGAUCCUGAGCAUGGCUUGUCUGAUGAUCUCCAUCGCCGCCGCGGCCGGGUCCAUCGCCGGGAUGAUCGUCGAUCUCAAGACCGUGAAACCGUUCCACAUGAAAUAUUAGAAGGAUUGAAAGGAAGAAGAAAAAAAACGCCAAAGUCUCUCUUUUCUUUUUAUCUUUUUAUGUAUGUAAUAUUAUUAUUAGGUUAUCAAUUACUAAGAACAAGGAAGGAAAGAAACCAACAUGUGUCGUUGAGGUCCUCUCUUCUUUGGAUGUAUCUCUCAUUAAAAAAUCUUCCAAUUGUUAACAAACCAUGAAUUGAAUUGAAUUGAAUUGAAUUGAAUUGAAUUAAAUGGUGUACUACUGGACUUGGACUGCACUCUCUUUCAAU